AUUAUAGAAGAGUAUAGUCACCACCAUAGCUGCUGACUUGCUGAGCUCCUGCAACCUGCUCUGUUCUGCGUCGUUAACAAUGUCGAUAGAGCUCAAACUUUCACGAAUUAAUCGCGUCUAUCGCCCUUCUGAAGUUGUUGAGGGUAAAAUCAUAGUGAGGUCUUCUUCUUCAAUCUCCCACUAUGGAAUUCGCCUCGCUGUUAACGGAUCUGUCAACUUGCAGGUUCGUGGAGGAUCGGCGGGAGUUAUCGAGACUUUGGUUGGUGUCGCCAAGCCUAUUUCCAUUGUGAAUAAAAUUAUUGAGGUUAGACCUUCUGGAAAGAUUGCUUCAGGCACAUCAGAGAUUCCAUUUUCCAUGAAUAUCAAGCAGCCGGGAGAAAAGAACCUGGAAAGGUUCUAUGAGACCUUCCAUGGAGCAAAUAUUAACAUUCAGUAUUUAUUAACUGUAGAUAUAUCGAGAGGAUACCUGCAUAAAUCAUUAUCUACAACAAUGGAGUUCAUAGUUGAAAGUGAUAAAGCUGAUCUUCUUGAGCGACCAGUUUCUCCGGAGAUGGUUAUCUUUUACCUUACUCAGGAUACUCAAAGGCAUCCGCUACUUCCUGAACUAAAGUCAGGUGGAUUCCGGGUUAUUGGGAAAAUGUCCACUCAAUGUUGUUUAUCAGAUCCCAUUGUUGGUGAACUAACUGUAGAAGCGUCUGCAGUUCCAAUUUGUUCGAUUGACAUGCACUUGCUUCGUGUAGAGUCAAUCCUUCUUGGGGAGAAAAUAGUAACUGAACAGUCUCUGAUUCAGACUACACAGAUGGCAGAUGGAGAUGUCUGCCGUAAUAUGACUCUACCCAUUUAUGUUAUACUUCCCCGUCUUUUGACUUGUCCUACCGUCUUAGCUGGUCCAUUUUCAAUAGAAUUUAAAGUUGCCGUAGUCAUAACAUUUCAAUCAGAUGUAGCGAAAGUGCAUUCAAAAUCUGAUCCUACAACUCCCAGACUAUGGCUUGCAAUGGAAAGUUUACCGCUUGAACUUGUUCGAACAAGGUGAGAGGAAGGCGAGUAGGAUAUAGGCAGUCAAACCCAUUACAGGGAGAAGAACGGAGCUGCAACAUAUGCUUUGCUGGUCAUUUUGCUCCUCCUUCCCAUAUUGGGCCUAUCUUGUUAGAGGACUUCCUAGGUGUCUCUAGGCCUCGUGAAAAGUACAAGAACAUGAACACAUUUGAAACCUUCAAAAUAUGGAAGCAUGUGAAUGGAUCAUUAAAAAAAACAUCAUAACUUAAAACAAAAUACGUUCUGACAUGGAAAUAUUUA